CACCCGCGGGGCAACCCGAACCUCAGGCUCGGCACCCAAAAUUCCAUCUCUCCUCUUUCGAAAAAAGCCAAGCCACCAUCGAAAAUAAUGGAACCAAACUAGGAGAGAGAGAGAGAGAGAGGAGAGAGGGGGAGAGAGAGAGUAAAAAGAGUAAGAGAUACUGAGUUGUAGGGAGAGAAAGUGAAGGUACUGAGUUAGAGAGAGCGAGAUGGGUCAGAUCGUGAAGAGGAAGAAGAAAGGCCGGCCAUCUAAGGCGGAUCUGGCGCGUAGGUCGGGUUCGCCGGCGAGGGCAACGGAAUCUGAAGUGCGCCGGAGCCUCCGACGAAAAAAUGUGAGGUAUAACAUCGACUACGACGAUUAUCUAGACGAGGACGAGGAGGACGAAGCAGAGGAAGAGAGGAGAAGAGAGAAGAAGCUCAAGCUCGUGCUUAAGCUGAACCAGAACGAAGGCGACGGCGAGCCAACCGCGCCGAGUCGAGGUCGUCCGUCAGCGCGUGGGAGACACGCGGUUGAUGAGGACGAGGAAGAGAGAGAAGAAGAAGAGGAAGAAGAGGUGGAUGAGGAAGAGGAGUGUGGGAAGAAGCCAGUUAAGAAGAAGAGGAUUAACGGCGGUGACAAUGAUGAGGAUGACGAUGAAGAUAUUGAUCGUGGUGAUGAUGAUGAGGAGGAAAAGGGGAGAAAAGCAGGAGCCAAAGGUCGAGACUCUGGCUCAGGGGUGCCAUGUGAUCCUUCCUCUGGGAUUCCCUUGCCGGAUAGGAAGUCACUGGAGUUGAUUCUUGACAAGCUUCAGAAGAAAGACACAUACGGUGUAUAUGCAGAACCAGUUGAUCGUGAAGAGCUUCCUGAUUACCACGAUGUAAUUGAGCAUCCAAUGGACUUUGCCACGGUGAGGAAGAAGUUGGCAGGUGGAUCAUAUUCGAUAUUGGAACAAUUUGAGAGAGAUGUAUUUUUAAUUUGCUCAAAUGCCAUGCAAUAUAAUGCACCAGAUACAAUAUACCAUAAACAGGCACGAUCCAUUCAAGAGUUGGCAAAGAAAAAGUUUGAUAAGGUAAGGAUGGAUGUUAUUGAACGCACAGAGAAAGAGUUAAAGUCAGAGCAGAAAAUGAAAUCUACUUUCUCGGUGAAGAAGCCCAUGAAGAAACCUUUGAACCGUGCCCUUCAGGAACCUGUUGGUUCCGAUUUCUCUUCAGGUGCUACUCUUGCCACUGCAGGAGAUAUCCAGAAUGGUUUGAUUGCAACCCAACCUGGUGGUUAUGAGAGGCCAAACAAUACUGAUGGGAUUGUAGAUGCUAACUCAUUCCUAGUUGAUAAUAAUGUAGAGAAGGCAGAAGAACCAUCAUCAGGAAAAGGUCUCUUAACUAAAUUUGCGAGGAAGUCGUCUGCAGUCGACGAGAACCGCCGCGCAACCUAUAAUAUAUCUAAUCAACCAGUUGUUAGACCAGAUUCAAUUUUUAUGACUUUCGAGAGUGAAAUCAAGCAGCUUGUUGCAGUAGGACUACAUGCAGAAAAUUCUUACACCCGGAGUCUGGCUCGCUUCGCUGCUACUCUUGGACCUAUUGCAUGGAAAGUUGCAUCGAAGAGGAUUGAGCAAGCACUGCCUGCAGGUAGCAAGUUUGGUCGUGGAUGGGUUGGAGAAUAUGAGCCACUUCCAACUUCAGUCUUAAUGCUCGAAAGUUGUAAAGAAAAAGAGUUUUCACUGUUUACAAAGCCGAAGUCUAGUGUUGAUUUGCGGAGGGAUGACAUGCAUGUUAAGACCACUGUACUCGCUAAGGAGCAAGCUGCUAGUGGAGCUGCCUUAGAAGGGAAAUCAUCUUUGUUUCAUCCUGCUUCUGGAAAGGUCUCAGACGGAAAACCUUCUUUUAUAACUUCUCCAGGAGCACAACCAAAUUCCCCUUUUCAUGCUACUAACCAGCAGCUACAAAAUCCACUAUCUCGGACCUCUGUUAACCCUCAAAAUCAUAAGGUGUCAAAGCAAGUUGAGUUAAAUUUGCCACCUACAGCCAAUCAAAACAAUGCAGAGUUUGUUCCGGAGAAGGCAAAUUCAAAUUGGUCAGAAACAGUAGCCUUGAGGUCAAGAGAAAUGUUAACAAGAAAUGCAACUCUUUUACAGUCUGCUUCUCAGAAGCAGCUGGAUAAUAAUGCAGUUGCCAGUGGAGCAUUGCCUGAUGGAAAAGUCACAAGUAAUGGUUUGAAUAACCGGAUGGUUAGUCCUACAUCUGAUAUCAUUGCCAACCAGAUGGCCCGGGCAGCAACCUAUUUCCCACAUGCACAGGAGCAGGGUCUUAAUGAUCCGGUUCAGCUGAUGAGAAUGUUUGCUGAAAAGGCUCAGAAGCAACAGAAUCCUUCAAGUCAACCAGCAGUUGAUCCCCCAUCAGCUGCAUCAUCGGUCCCAUCUGAAAGAAGAGAUGAUUCAAGUAACGCUGCAGCAGCUGCUGCUCGUGCAUGGAUGUCCAUAGGUGCUGGAGGGUUUAAACAAGCAAAUGAAGCCAGCAGUCCAAAGAAUCAGAUUUCUGCAGAGUCAUUAUACAAUCCAGCUCGGGAAUUCCAUCCACAGAUUUCGCGAAUUAGAGGGGAAUUUCCUUUUUCGGCUGGGAUGCAAUUCUCACCUGACAAGUUCCCACUUCAGGCUUUUGCGCCACAACCACUACGUGGCGCAAACGAAGCGCAGUUCCAAAACAGGCCAAUAGUCUUCCCUCAGUUUGUUGCGGCUGAUUUGGCUCGGUUUCAGGUGCCAUCACCUUGGCGAGGCCUUAGUCCACAUGUUGUCCAACCAAGGCCAAAACAGGAGACACUUCCUCCUGAUUUGAAUAUCGGUUGCCAGUCUCCAGGUUCUCCAGUUAAACAAUCUUCAGGUGUAAUGGUGGACUCACAGCAGCCGGACCUAGCUCUGCAACUCUAAUUCUGGAAGGAUGAACAUUGCUGAGGAACUGGCAAACGAAGGAAAUUCAAAUGCUACAUUCGGCUCCCAGUCUUAGGGAUGUGAAAAUUCAUUUCCUAAGCCAUAGUUGACAAAAAUUUGAGAAUGCCUUGUUUUAGUGGCAGGUCUUGGAUUUUGAUGCCUGACUUGAUAUUAAAAACCCUCUACCUGGGGUUAACAACUUGCAAAUGUCAGGUUUCAGUUCUCUGACCGGUUUGAACUCGUAUAAAAUGGAUAUUGUGCUGUAAGAUCAGAGUCGAGUUGCAAGUGGAAUCCGAAGGACGUGGAGCAGAUUAAUUUUGAUAUAUAUCUACAUGGUCUAACGAAAAAACUGCUGACUUGGCACGGCACGAAUGAUAUACUUUUUAUCCAGGAGGUAAAAUAUUUCUGUUGAUUAGAAGUUGUUGAUCAGAUAAGGUAUAUAUAAAACCUAGUCGAUGGGUGGGUUGUACAUUGAUCACAGGUGGAUGAGAGAAAGUAGUUGGUUAGAUUUCAGUCAUGGCUGGCUGAUUCCCUUUUAUGUCAUUCCAUUGACAAUACCAACUUCUUCAGUUCAUACUUGCUAGUAUGAUUGUUCUGUACAUGUGAAUCAAAUUUCUCACAAAUGGAAAAUUUCAAUUUCACUCCUA